AUGUCGAAAACUCGGCCGAUAACCACGUUCUUUCAACCAGUCAAAUCCAGUGAAAUUGAAAAUGAAACAGUUAAUGGUGAAGAAGCUGAAGCUGAAGCCAUGGAAUUCGAAAACGGUAAGUUAAUUUAUGCUUUUAUUCCAUUUCCUGAGAAAUGUUAGUGACUAUGGCUUAGAAGUAAAAAUUUGUACGUUUGUCGUUUUAGUUGAACUUUCUGAUUUUGAUGCCGAAGUCUUAGUGGAAGGUCCAGUUUCAAGUGGUGUUAUGGAAGGUGUAUGCUGCAUUGAAAUUCAUUUUUUUGGCUAGCUAGGGUACGUAAAAUUAGAUAUCUAAACAAGCCUGAGGAAAACAAAGCCCACGCAGCCAAUUAUUUACAGACCUGGCAUCUGAGAAGAAAUCAGUAUUUAAAUAAAUUUUAACUUAUUUUACUGCAUUUAGGAACACAUGACACUAUUAGUUAGGUACUUUUUGCUCCUUUAUACGUGACUAUCAGCAUCAUGUUUACCUUAUUACUUUAUCAUUCUUGUGCGGCUUAUCAGAAAUAUUUUACAUUUUCACUUGAGACUUACGAUCCAAAUGCGGCAUUUUGUAGUGCUGCUCGGCCUUGCCCUUGCUUUGGGAAAGUUUGUCAAACAUGCAUUUCAUCAGUCUAAAUACACGUAAAAACCGUGUCCAAAACAAAACAAAAUAGAAAACAAAUAGAAAAAAAGUACGGACGGCUUGCGUCUGCGGAAAAAGUUGAAUUUGGUUCAACUCUUAGUUUCCACAAACGCAAGCCAUCACACACGAAAAGCCAGUUAAAUUCGCGCUGUGAAUGACGUGCAUAAAAUUACGCGACGGUGGAAAUCAACUUUUAAUUUCUCAUGAUUUCUGUUACUUUUACAUUGGUCAAAGAACACGACGAUCUUAGUUAAGUUUUGUGAUCAAAGCCAACCUAUUUUUUAAUCUUUUCAAAGCAUUUCUUUCAUUCUUCAUAAGGACAGCAUAUCAUUUAAAAUUAAUUUUCAGUUUUCGACAAAGCUUUACCCCAUAAUUUGACAAUUUUAAUUUUUCUCAUCACAGCGUCACCAGAUGAGCUUCUAUGUGUCGUAUUCAAGUAUUUCAGUCUUAAAGAGAUAAUAAACAAGCUAAGGCUCGUAUGCAGAAGAUGGAGACGUAUCUCUGAAAGUGACAUGUUGUGGACCAAUGUUUGCCUUGAUGAAUGGGGCAUCACUCAUUUAAGCGAGGAUCAGUUAAAGACAAUCACAAAGCAUGCACAGGUUUUCAGAAAUUUCUUAGUAGCCUUUAUUGAUGUCAAGAAACAUGGAUUGAAUGAGACACAAUCUACAGCACAUACUAUUUGUAACACUAUGUUUGUCUCAUGGACUUAAUUAUAAUUUAAAUUUGAGUGGCCAGUUGGUAUGUAAUCUGACCUUCUUGCAAGGCACGCGCCAGUUGGUAUGUAAUCUGACCUUCUUGCAAGGCACGCGCCAGUUGGAGUAUUUGAUCCUAAAUGAUUGAAUUGCAUUGAAGGACAUAUCCCUGAUUUCUUUUUGUAAAAAUUUAAUUUUCCUUUUGUUUAACAGGGUAGUUAUUCAUGAGGGUGAGCUCUUGCAGUCUAUACUGCAGCUGUCAAAUCUGUUUUUCUUUGGUGUAAAGGGAAACUAGCUAUCUUUAGAGUCACUUAAAGAAAUGUGCAAAACACUUUGCAAGCUUUCCGAUCUAAACUUAGACCUUAAUAAAGAAAAUCAAUCAGAAUUUUUAUCCUUAGCAAGCGAAUUUUAUAUCACUGUCAACAAUUCUUAAUUAAAAGGGUGCAGUACAUUGACUCAGUUGAGAAACAUUUAUCAGAUGAGGUAAACAUUUAGCUUGUCAGUGUUCAGUUUUUAUGUCACUGUAAGAUUCAAACGUGCGUGAACGGUCACUUAAGUGCGUUACUCUCGAUUUAAAUUUUAACCUUAAUCUUCAUGUGACUCUUUUGAUUACGCCUUUAAGUUCUCGUUUUUCAGUGUAUUAUAUAUUCGAUGUUGGCUUUCGUCACGGCAAGAUCUUGUUUUCAAAUCAUCGUUUAUUUUACUCGACCCGUUCACAUCAAUAGGAGGAAAUAUCUGUAAGUCGUUAGUCUUUUUUUGCUUUCAUUUAGUUUGUCAAUUUUCUUAGAUCUAUUGUAAAAUAGCCGAGCUAUCUUUUCACUUUUAGAAAAAAAACAUUUGCAUUUCCGUUCUCAACUUAGACCUUAAUAUAGUAAAUCAAUCAGAAUUUUUUAUCCUUCGUCUUCAAAUUUGAUAUCACUGUCAACAAUGCUUGAUUAAAGGUGCAACGUUGACUCAGUUAAGAAACAUUUAUCAGAUGAAAAACAUUUAGCUUGUCAGUGUUCAGUUUUCAAUCACAGUCUGUUAAAAAUCAAUUUGACGAUUUAUCAAUAUACGACUUCCUUGGUUUAUAGGUGUUUCCCAAUUUUCUUCCCCUGAUCAGCAUGUUGUAUUCUACUUUGAUGUCAGGGACAUUGUAAGUGGCAAAGUUGAUCCAAGAACUCCUCAGUCCCACGAAAAAAUUAAAUACCUUAAGAACAAUUUCACUCUGCCUCCUUCAUACACAGGCUUUUUCUCCAAGACUGUGGUUAAGGGAAAAGACAAACGUACUAAGAAGCUUGUGUCCCAGCCCUCAUGGUUGGAAAAGUAUAUGUAGCUUGUAUAUAGUCCUUCACAAAUGAGAGGUUUUUGUAAAUAUUGUGUGAUGCAUAAUAAUCCAUCAGAUCCUCGAGCACAGAAAAGGCCUCUAGUAACUGCUCCAUCCCAAAAGGUAAAAAAAAGCCACUAGGAAAGAUGGGGGUACUUGAGCGUCAUCAGAAAAUGCAAUGUCACCAGUUGGCACUUGAAGCCGGCAUUGCCAUAAUCCGAAGUUUUCAAAAACCAAAGGAAACAUGAACGCACUUGAAGCAAUCAUAAGUACCAUAAUAUUGUGUGGCAAACAGAACAUCCCACUUAGAGGCCAUCAAAAUGACAGCACAAGCAUGGCAUCCAACAAAGGCAACCUUCACGCCAUUCUAACGUUAGUGGGCAACUCUGAUAAAAAUCUUCAAGAACACUUUCUUACUGGUAGGAGAAAUGUUAAAAGCACCUCAAAAACUGUACAAUAAGGAGGCAUUCGCAUCACUGGAGAGUAUAUUCGGGCAAAAGUUACACAGUCAAUUCAGAAGGAAGACGCUUUUUUCUCAAUUCUUGGCGAUGAGGUAACAGACAAAUAUGCAAACCAAGAAAUAUUAAGUGUUUGCCUUAGGUUUUUAGAUCUAAACAACGACGUUUCACCUAAAAUCAAAGAAGUACUUUUUGACUAUGUCAACCUUCACAAAACAACUGCUGAGAGCAUAGCAAACGCUAUUUUGUCAAGUUUGGCUGAGAACAACAUCAAUGUGCUGUUUGCAAGACGACAGGCCUAUGAUGGUGCCAGUGCCAUGUCCUCAGAAGCAUGUGGUGUGCAAGGAAGAAUAAGGAGAAUAGCACCGAUGGCAAUGUACACUCAUUGCAACAGUCACGUUUUGAAUCUCAGUGUUGCUGCCCCAUGCACGUUAACUUCAGUCAAAAACAUGAUUGGAACCUUAAAUGAAACUUUCCUUUUCUUUCAUUUUUCACCUAAAAGAGAGCGAUUUCUAGAACAAGUUUUAGAGAAGUGUGGUUCUACUUCCAGAACGGAGAAGUUAAAAGGCUUAUGCAAAACCUGA